GCUCUAAAGUCCAAUAGGAACCCGGACAUUCUUAGAAGGAGGAAGAGAAGGAAAGAAAACGGCUCAUAGUGGGCGGGUUCUGCAGGCCUGAGCCAAUCCCUUCUGAGCUUUGAUCAUGACUGGCAGCCGAGCUGACGAAUCAGAGCCAGUCUAGCUGAGCGACCGCACGGGCCUAGCUCAUUAUGACCAAUCCCUCGGCAGCGCAUAGUGACUGAAGCCUUAUCAGCCAAUCAUCAUCGAGCAAGGGUAGAGCCACCCCACACACCUCUUUCCGCCCCCACUCUCUGGAUCAAUCGUGUCCCUUGAAUCCUGUAUGAUUGACAGGCACCUCGGCCAAUAAUGAUGAGAAAACCUUGAAGUCUGCCCAACGAUCGUGGGCCGAAGGCGGCCCUGCUUUGUUGGGCGUGAGUGUGUGUGUGCCUGUGUGCGUGCCGUGUGUGAGUGUAUAUGUGUGUGCGCUUGGGGGUACUGAGGGCUACGUGGGGGCGAAGCAGAACUUGCCAUGGCAGCAGCAGAGGAAGAGGACGGGGGCCCCGAAGGGCCAAAUCGCGAGCGGGGCGGGGCGAGCGCGACCUUCGAAUGUAAUAUCUGUCUGGAGACAGCUCGCGAAGCUGUGGUCAGCGUGUGUGGCCACCUGUAUUGUUGGCCCUGUCUUCACCAGUGGCUGGAGACACGGCCAGACCGGCAAGAAUGCCCAGUGUGUAAAGCCGGCAUCAGCAGGGAGAAGGUCGUCCCUUUGUAUGGGCGAGGGAGCCAGAAGCCGCAGGAUCCCAGAUUGAAAACUCCGCCCCGCCCUCAGGGCCAGCGACCAGCUCCAGAGAGCAGAGGGGGGUUCCAGCCAUUCGGUGAUGCCGGGGGAUUCCACUUCUCCUUUGGUGUUGGUGCCUUCCCCUUUGGUUUUUUCACCACCGUGUUCAAUACCCACGAGCCUUUCCGAAGAGGCGCAGGUGUGGACCUGGGACAGGGUCACCCGGCCUCCAGCUGGCAAGAUUCCCUAUUCCUGUUCCUCGCCAUCUUUUUCUUUUUCUGGCUGCUCAGUAUUUGAGCUGUGUCUCCGCCCUGCCCACUUCCAGCUAGAGGAGAAUCAGUAUUGGGCGUCCCUUGCUGGCCCUUCCUUGCUUUCGGAACACCCCCUUACUUCCAUGACCCAUCUGUGUCUGCUGAGGCCUCUCUCAGGAGGGCAUGGGGAGGAGUGACCAGUCUGCUUAAGGUGGGAGUGCCUGCUGCUGUGUACUGCUGGCCCAGUAGCACAGACACUCCCAGCCUGGAGGACGGACGGACAGACAGAUGUCCAGUUCUCCCAACCCUUCGCUCUCCCCCAAACUUCUCGAUUUGCUGUUUAAAGGUGUGCUCUCCCAACUUCUCCACUUGACUUAAGUUAAUUUUUCUCUCCCCACUGUCUAAUAUGAAUUUUGACUCUUGAAGUGUCUCUUUCCAUCCCUCACUACCUCCUUUAAUUACAAAUUCAAAUAAUAAUAAUAAUAAAAAUAAAGGUGAAACGCAU